GGGACCGCGUACGAGGGCGGCCGGUUCGAGGUCGACAUUGUCGCGCCCGACCGUUACCCGUUCGAGCCCCUCAAGAUAAAGUUCGUCACAAAGGUCUACCACCCGAACAUCUCGUCAGCCUCGGGCUACAUCUGCCUCGACAUCCUCAACAAGUCGUGGUCGCCCGUGUACACGCUCCGCACGUGCCUCGUCUCGCUCCAGGCGCUCCUGUCGUCCCCCGAGCCGACCGACCCACAAGACGCCGAAGUCGCCAAGCACUACCUGACCGACCGCCGCGGCUUCGAGGCGACGGCAAAGUUCUGGACAGAGGAGAAGGAGAAGGAGAAGGAGAAGGAGCGCACGGAUGGGCCCAAGACGCUCGCCAGGUUGGCGGGGCUCGAUUAUCGGGACGUGCAGGCUUUCGCCGACAUGGGCUUCCCACCCGAGCACGUCGUCGACACGCUCAAGUUCCUCAACUACCGCGACGGCAACAAGGCCAACGUCGGCGAGGAGGCCGUCGUCAUGCGGCUCAUGGGCUGA